AUUAAAACGACAAAAGCGCAACCCCACCAUUUUUAACAAACCUCUCUCUCUCUCUCUCUUUUAUGUUUUCUUCCUCUCUCCUUGAGCUUCUUACACCACCACCGCCGGCGCCACCACCACCACUUCCUCCUCCCUCUGCUUCUCUUCUUAAGCUACUUCCACCACCACCUCCUUCCCUUAUCAUCAUCGUCGUCAUAAAAUAAUUGACGAAGCUGCGUGAUCUCCAUGAGUUCUACAACAAAUCAAGCCAAUCAACGGAAACAGCUGAGAGAAAUUUUUGCCCGGUUCGACAUGGAUUCCGAUGGCAGCCUUACACUCCUUGAGCUCGCAGCACUUCUACGGUCUCUUGGAAUCAAGCCAACGGGGGACCAGAUUCAUAACUUGUUAGCUAACAUGGAUUCUAAUGGGAAUGGGUCAGUGGAAUUUGAAGAAUUGGUCAAUGCAAUAUUGGUCCCAGAUCAGAUGGAGCAGCAGGAGGAGGAGAUAUUGAUCAACCAGGAGCAACUCUUAGAGGUAUUUCGAACUUUUGAUCGCGACGGCAAUGGAUAUAUAACUCCGGCGGAGCUCGCCGGCUCAAUGGCUAAGAUGGGUCACCCUUUAACUUAUAGAGAGCUCACAGAGAUGAUGCGAGAAGCUGAUAGUAAUGGUGAUGGUGUCAUCAGCUUCAAUGAAUUUGCCACCUUAAUGGCUAAAUCAGCCACUGAUUUCCUUGGCCUCACCAGCUCUUUCUUUUAGCUCUUGGAACUGAUGAUCUCUCUCUUUGUUUGGAAUUUGAAAUGUUUUUCUAGGGUUCUAGUUGUUUUUUUUUUUGUUAGAAUCUUCUUUAAAUUCUUGAUAGGAAUUCCAUGUAAAUGAUGAAAACAUGAAUCCAUGUUACUAAUCCCUGUUCUUACUUAAAACAACAUAUUGGAUCUAAAUACAUCAGGUCUUUGAGAAA